AUGGCAGUCGCCUCUUAUUUGCCGCAGACUCUCCAGGAACGGUCAUUGGACUCUGAGUGUGGUAUAAAGGGGACACCUAGCUCUCUUGUCGAGGUCAUCGAACAGCGAAGAGAUGACGAGGCCUCAUACCAAUCCCUGGAGGGGAGGGACGCUGAGAUUCAAGUCACCGCAUACUUCCAUAUUGCUGUUUUUGCCAACUCUACCGAGGAUAAGGCUUCCAACGAAGCCGUAAAAGCGCAAUUCCAGCUACUGAAAGACACUUAUGCCCUCUACGGGAUCAAUCUCAGUCUAGGAGGCAUCUCUCGCGAGGUCAACGACACUAUCGCUGUUCUGUCUGUCUGGACCCUAGAUGAAACCGAGAAUGAAAUUCUUGGCUCAACAGUCGAAACCGAGGAUUACUGGAAACGGACUAGAACGGGUUCCUAUGAAACUCUACACAUUUACUUCUAUGAGGAUCUGAUAGGCACAGCGGCCUUUUGCAACUUCGCCAAGCCUGGUCGUCCAGAGUCUGAUUACUACCUCGAUGGAUGCCACCUCAGAAUCAACGUGCUUCUAGGCGGAUCUGCACCUUACCGUGCCUAUGGAACUACCCUCACUCAUGAAGUAGGCCAUUGGUUUGGGUUGUUUCAUAUUUUUGCAGGCGGAUGCGAAGGAGAGGGUGAUUACAUAGAUGACACUCCAGCCCAGACUGUUACCUCUGCCGACGGGACAUGCCCUCUUGGCACGAAGGAUACAUGCCCUGACCUGCCCGGCACUGACAUGGUAAACAACUACAUGGAUUACACCGCAGACCCAUGCAGAGACACAUUUACUCCAGGGCAGCACUCCCGUAUGCACAAUGUGUUCUGGGCUGUUCGCUCUGGAAAAUGA